UGAAAACGGAAAGAUUUUUUCUUUUUCCAUAUGGAUUGGUUCUGAGUUUGAGCUUCAACUUUGGGCCUUAGUUCAUAUAGCUAUGAAGUGAGCACAUUAAUUAAGUUGGCCUUAACGUAAUCUUACAUUUUAUGAUUGAUUCUUAUUUGGGAUGGAUUAUAAUGAAAUAACCUUAAAUGCCAAAUCCCUUUUCUUCUUUUUUUUUUUUUUAAGAUUUAAAUCCUCAAUAAGCCCGAGAGGGUUCUUGUCUAUUUAGAGAAGAAUUCUAAAUACCGGCACAGAUAAACGAGGCAGCAUGGUACAUUUUAAGCCUUUAUUUAGUGAGAAAGAUGCAUAGAAGAGUGAGAGCUUUAUCUAAGAGAGAGGGGGUAAAUCUGGGUUCAUACAGAGCGCCAGGAACCAGCCACGUGGAUGAGCAUCUAGGCCAGGAAGCCUAGGGCGGGUGGCCCAGGGCUUUAGCUAGACCCCUCCUGGCAAGAAGCCAGGGAAGAAGAGAUGGGCCAACGCUCCCUGUUCCAGGCUUUUAACCCACUUCCAAAGGGGAGUGGUUAAUUAACCUGAUUGGCUGGUGGGCAGUCAGGUGUGGCCAGGUAGGGACAUGAGGUCACACAGGGGUGUGGCAAAGCUAUCAGGUAGGGCGUGAGGUCACACAGGGGCAUGACAAAGGCGUGGUCUUCCAGCUCACAAGCCUAAUCAGUUUUAGCCUGUAUGCCUGCCUACUUCAGGACCACAUGGGAUGCCAGCACUGCAGGUCAGGGAUUUAACCUGCUGGGCCACGGCCUGGGCCCCAGAAAGGAAGGCUUUGCUGGGCAGACUGAAGGAGGAGGGCAAUUAUCCUAUUGCUCCGAAAGAUCAACAUUUUCAAUCACAAAUGAAUUCAUCUUAAAAUUUAAUGAAACGCAGGAUCCAGUAGAGAAGGAGGAAUUGUUGGAGAUAGCUAGAAAAAGCAUUACCAAAUGUAAGAGAAAACUGGGUCUUAAAACCCUGGGCUCUGGAAAGCAUGUUGAUCUUCCAGCUGCAUGGACUGAAGUAGUGUUUCUGGCUCAAUGCAAAGGAGAAAUCCAAGAUGAAGCUUUGAAUAUGCUCUAUGUUUCCCUGGACCAUAUUUCCUUUGAUUAUGAUCAUCUGCCUGCCUUAUUUUUUGUUGCGGAGUCCAUUUUGUACAGGCUCUGUUGUGAUGCACUUCUGAGGACAUAUUUAUAUUCAAUUGAAAUGAAGCUGGCAAAGAUUGGCUAUUUGAUCUUCUUGCGACUUUUUAUAUAUUUCCUGCAUGGUCACCUAGAAAGUUUUCAACCACAUUUACUUCGGCUUCAACCGUUUUUAUAUGCACUUUGUUUCUCUGGAGAAUCAUACAAUCAAUAUCCAAACAUCCUUUUACAAGUGCAAUUUAUCCUGAAAAUCUCAGAAAUUAUAUGUAAAAGAGAACACCUUUAUGGAUCAGUUUUUAGCCCUAUGGGAAACCAGGAGGCCUCUGGGAACAUGUGCUCUGACAUGGGACAGUUGCCAUUGGAUCAGAGAGGGUAUGAAGUUAACCACCUGCUCUGGCACAGUGUUGCUGCAUGGUCUUGUGUUCAGCGGGACAACCCUCAGCUGGAUGACGUGCUCCAGCAUCUCCUGUCCCAGAAAACUCAGCUUCAAAAGAAAUGCUGGUUGGAUUCAGCACUGGCUUUGUUGGUCCUUGGGGAGGCUGCCAAAUUAAACCUGGCCUGCUUGAGGACCUUGAUGGACCUACUAAGGGAUUUUAUUUCAAGCAUUCUCUCCAUUCAGAAUCAGCAAGAAAGCAACAAUGUAAGUGAUUUUUCCUCAGCUUGGAAUAUAGUCACCAUAUAUACAACAAUUCUUUCAGAAAUCUGCUUGUAUGCAUCCACUUCUGAUUUGCGAAAAACGGCUCUGAUUGGUUUUUGUGACUGUAAAAAUUCUAGAAAAAGUAUUUUACUCAUGGACAAACCAGAAGAAGAGCCAGAAUUAAGAGGAACAAGUGUUUUAAGUCUUUUGGAAUAUUUUUCUUCCAAAAUAUCAGAUAAUUGUGAUCAAGUAAUCUGGAGAGGAUACUAUAGCAUAGUGUAUAACCUGGUGAAAAUGUCCUGGGAACUUCAGGGAGAUGAAGAACAGGAUGGCUUUAGAAACGUAAUAUGGCAAACAUUACAGAAAACAAAGGAGUGUGAGAAAGACGUGCGGAUCCAAAAUGCCAUCAGGGUAGCUCAGGCGGAGUUAAACGAUUUGACUGAUCCUUUCACGAGGUAUGAUGCAAAAGUUGCUUCCGAUGUAGGGGAAGAAGUUUUCUCCAAGUAUCUUGGAUGGAGAAUUGCCAACACACUUUCCAGCCUCUUCUUUCCCUGCGUUGACACCCAAAUUCCUCCUUUGGAGAAGUCAUUGACAAAAUGGGAUCAAAUGAAAUGCCCAAAGAAAAGGCAGGAGUCUAUGAAGAAAAGAGUUCUACGUUUUAUUGUAAGGGAACAUCCUUCUAUGUCAGAACUUCCCAUGUUUCCAUAUCCAAAUUUCUUCACUAAGGAGGAUGAAGAAUUGGCGAAAAUCAUUGACUAUCACUGGCAGGAAGAGCUAAAGACAUGGCAGGAAGAAGAGGCGAUAUGUGAGGCCAAAGAACGUGAAGACAAAGAAUUAGAGGAGAAAAAACACUUCCAGGAAGUAAUGAGAAAAAGAGAAGAAAAAUUGCAUAAGCAAACCAAACCCUAUGAGCUUCCUCCUAGGACUCAAGUAAUCUCAAUAGAAAAGACUAUGACUCCCCAGAAAAUUGGGAUCCACAGGUCUACAACUGUUAGUAUGAAAGAGACCAAGAUAUCCACCGUUACGAAAACUUCAAUGUCAUUCACUUGAGGCCAUUUUUAGAAAGGGGUUGUUAUUCUGGUGCAAGCAGUUACUCAUUUUUAGUCCUAGAUUAAUACUAAAUUAAAUAUUAAAUUAAUAUUAAUAUUAAA